CACUCUUUUGGUUAUAUCCACACAAGCAUAGUGCUAUCAGUAUCGCAUGUGUCACAAACUAUCAUCCACCUAGGACCAAAUCCACAGUUAUAAUAAACAAAGAAAUAAUUAAGAAAACAGUCCUAAGCCGCGAAACUCACCCGUCAUCUGCUUCCCGGCAGAAACAAGAAGGGAGCAUCUUGGCCAAAAUUGAUCCAGCGGCAAUGGCAAUUCAAACGGCAGGCUGCAGAGCGCUAGUCAGGACCAGGUUUGCGCGACAGCUCGGGGUAGCCAAUAGGGAGACAGGAUCCAGCCCCCCUACACAACUUAAGUAUCUUUCUUCACUCGUGCCGCUUCGCGGAGUACGCCACAGGCUUCCCUGAGCCAGCAACAUUCUCCCUCCUACCUGUCGGUGACUCGACUGACAGCCAGGCGCUGCAUACAGCUGGCUUGGUCGCUCCUGAUUUCGCGCCCGACGCUGAGACAUCGAGUGCUUCGCUUGAGCAAACCUGUUUCUCCCCGGUGGAGGGAGAGACGUUGUCAGCAAGAUGGAGGACGACGGAACUUUGUCCGUGGAAGACCUGCCCGACGACGUUCUGCGUCUCAUCUUCGCGCUGGCGGGGCCCGAGGCCGUGCUGUUCUCCGUGCACGGCGUCUGCCGCCGGUGGCGCGAAGUGUCCAUGGAGGCGCGACUCUGGAGCCGGGUGUGCGUGUCGUUCGAGGAGGCGCCGGACAAGCCUUGGGAGCCGGAGACGCGGCCACUGGGAGGCGAGGGCGGGGCGCUGUGGCUGCGCAUCGAGACCAUGCGUGGUGUGGGCGCGUUGCGCCGUGUGCUGCUUCGCGCGCCGUGCCUGCGCCGGCUGCAGUUGUCUUUCCAGCAGCCGCCCCCCGAGGACCUGCGGGACGACCUGAGCGCCGCGUGCCGCCUGCCCAUCCAGGAGCUCGCCAUGCUACGUGUCCCCAAGGAGCUGGCCCUGCCCCUGAUCCGCGCGCAGGCCGACACGCUGCGCGUGCUGGAGUGGCGGCAGCCGAAGCAGGACCUCCGCUUCGCGGACACGAAGGACUACCGCCCUGCCGACGGCGACAUGCCCUACAUGCCGGAAAACAUUUGGGCGACGCUGGCCCGCCUGUCGCUGAGCGAGCUCGUGGUAGACUGGGCGUGGUCCACCAGCGCCUUGGGCCUCUGGUGGAUCACCGAGGAGAUGGCGUUCUUUCGCCAGCAGGGUGGGCAAGGCGGCGGCGCGGACGAGGCCGUCACCGGCAUCACGACGCGGCUCACCAAAUUCUCCCUGCAUGUGACGGAUUGGCGGGACGAGAGGUCCCAGAAGUGGCAGCGCGUGGCGGCGUGGCCGCUGCUUCGCGCCAACGCGGCCAACCUGCGCGAGCUGCACCUCUGCCUGGACCCGGUGCCGUCCCUGGAGGGCCUGGGCCUGACGUCGCUGCGCGCCGUGACCGUGCCGCUCAAGAUGGACCUGCGUCCGCUGCUGGGCUGCAGGGCCCUGCGGAGUGUGACGCUGCUGGGGGAAGAGGUGUACCACACCGUCGACGCAACUGGGCAUGGCCUGAACCGCAAGAGCGUGAGCUUCCUCGACGCGUGCGCGCACCCCGAAAGCGGCCUGCCGCUCGAGGCGCUGUGCCUGGAGGGCUUCAGCAAGUACAGCACGCCCCAGCUGCCCGGCGCGGCGGCCAAGCUCGCCAGCCUGCGCGAGCUGCGGUUCAUCAAGUGCCACUUCCGCGCCUGCGAUGGCUCGUUCUACGGGCUGCAAAGGGCGCUGGGCAAGCUGCGCGAGCUGCGUCGCCUGGAAGUUGGCUACGCCACUGACAUCCGCCCCGGCACACUGAAGCGCCUUGGCGCGGCGCUGCCUCCCACACUGCGCUGGCUGCGCCUCGACAUCUACAAGGAGUGCGAGCGCCAGGACGCCGAGAUCCGGGAGGUGGUGGCCGCCCACCCGGGGCUGCACGUGGUCAGGACCAGAGCUGUGGUCGACACGCCACCGCCGAUGGCCGACGACCGGUCGAUGUGCCCCGACCGCUGCGAGACGCUGCAUGGUGGCCGCUGCGGAGCCAAGAUCGUGGCCAACCACAGCAAUGUCGUCGACGGCCAGCCGCAAGGCCAGGGAACGGAUCGGGGAGGGAGGUCUAGUCGCCUCAUUGGAGGCCGUGGAGGCCGAGGCCAGAGCGUGGACUGUGACGAGUGCGCGUCCGUGCUGCGCUACCAGCACACUUCCCUCACCGAGGUGGACAACGCACCGUCGGCGGGCAGUCAUCCUCAGGACAAUCCUGACGGUCAGGACGACAUUUAGGAGGACUAUGCAUACCCGUCUUGCUGCUGGGCCCACUCUUCGGACGAGGAGUGGCUUUGGUGACCGCGGAAACUUGCGAAAUUUCGGUGUGUCGUGGAAAACGUACACCUCGUUCUUCAUGCACUUCAUCAAAACGACCGUACUUCGCUUUACCUUUGCAAUUUAGUGUUGUAGAUUUUUGUUUGGUUCAUUUGCAUGAUUAAUCUGAUUAGGGUUUCGUUUCACAAGAAGUGUACUAGAAGUGGACAGUUUACAUUUUUGUAUAUGUAUUGUGAGCUAGCUGCGUGCUGUGAAAACUUCUGAUCCCUUGUACAUGUUCAUUUUUUGUGCACAUAGUGGUUUUCUGUGGAAAUAAACACUUUGUAACUUUUCUGUAA